AUGACUCCCAAGGUGGGAACAGUGUCUGUCCUGCUGGGUGCCCAAUGGGGUGACGAAGGCAAAGGAAAGAUUAUCGACUACCUCAUUGAGAAUUACGACGUCCAAGUGACUGCUCGUUGCCAGGGAGGCAACAACGCUGGUCACACAGUCGUAGCAAAUGGCAAGAAGUAUGACUUCCACAUUUUACCCAGUGGCAUGAUCAGUGAGAAAUGCUUCAACAUCAUAGGAAAUGGUGUUGUUGUAAAUUUGGAUGCGUUUUUCUCCGAAUUGGAUCACAAUGGAGUAAAUAAGGAGCCGGGAUGGGAGAAGAGGUUAGGUUCAUGUGCCGUUGGUCGAGAUUUAUUUGUAGAAGGUCGUGUCUUUCCAGAAUUAUGA